ACAUAUGAGUCCCACCUGCUCACGUAUAGGUUUAGGACUGCCAUCCCGAUCCAGACAUGCACGGCCGACCGAAAUCGGGCUCAGCCUACGUGAGACCAUGCCACAAUUAGUCUAUAUAAACGACGCUCUGUCCUAUGGCAUUUCCACACUUAGCUGCAAAAUACUAGUUAUAGCACAACAAGUUGUGGCCCACGGAAUUGAUCGAAAAUCCAUUUCUGAUCACUCCAACUGAUUGAAGGUGCACCUAUGGAGAACUGCUGUGUGCAAAAGCUGGCCAGCGCCCUCGGGACGCCCGACGUGCCCACCCGGUACGUCGUGCGCGGGCACCAGGACCAGCAGCUCACCACGACGGUCGUAGCGCCGGUCCCUGUCAUCAACCUCAGCCUCCUUUCCAAGCAGGACGGAGGCGCUGCUGAUGAGGCGGCGAAGCUCCGCUCAGCUAUCGAUUCCUGGGGCCUCUUCCUGAUCAGUAACCACGGCGUAGACGCGGCGGUGAUGGACGGCAUGAUGGCCGCGUGCAGGGAGUUUUUCCGGCAGCCGCUUGAAGAGAAGCAGAGGCAAAGCAACCUGAUCGGAGAUGAUCAGUACGAGGGGUACGGGAACUACGAGGGGUAUGGGAACGACCAGGUGUCCUCGCCGGACGAGACCCUAGACUGGACUGACCGUCUCAAGGUGGAGCCCGAGGAUGAGCGGCGCAUUGCCCUCUGGCCAGCGCAUCCCGAAGGCUUCAGGGAUGUUCUGCACGAGUUCACGAAGAAAUGUGGGGCAGUGAAGGACAAUGUGCUCCGGGCAAUGGCGAAGCUGCUGGAGCUUGACGACAACGACUACUUCGUGGACCAGCUUGUGGAGAAGCCUUUCACUAACGCUCGAUGCAGUUACUACCCGGUGUGUCCGAGGCCGGAGCUCGUGUUCGGCCUCACGCCCCACUCUGAUGGAACCGUUGUUGCUGUCCUCAUGGUUGAUGACAGCGUUGGUGGCCUGCAAGUUCUCAGAGAUGGGGUCUGGUGGGAUGUACCAAUCGUACCUCACACACUGCUGAUGAUUAUAGGUGAUCAAAUGGAGAUAAUGAGCAAUGGGAUCUUUAGGAGCCCUGUGCAUAGGGUUAUGACAAACGCAAAGAAAGAGAGGAUAUCGGUGGUUCUAGACUACUCUGUUGAUCCUGAGAAAGAAAUCGAGCCAUCGGCUCAACUGGUCAAUGAGAAGAGACCAGCCUUGUACAGAAAAGUGAAGGUCAAAGACUACAUUGUGGCACAUUACACUCAUUUUUCUCAAGGGAAAGAAGUUGUUAUGGGUAAACUAAAGAUAUAACUACGUGUGGUGCAAUGAAUUUGUUACAAAAAAGGUAGUCACUUUGCGACAGAUAUUUGUAUCAUGUUUCAUUACAAGGCAAGCGUGUAUUUAAUCCCAUUGUUCAACAGCACAUGUUGUUUCAAGUUUUGGCAUGGUCUACAUGCUAAUAAAAAGAAAUAAAGUUGUAAUAUCAUUAA